UUGGAAAAGUUGUGGAAAACGGAAAUGGAAAAACAUACGGCGAAAAGCUCGUUUCUUCUUCCCGGUCACUCAUGAGAUGUUUACUUACACUUUGCAGCGUUGAAGAACAAAGAGCUGCUGGUGACAUAAAAAACAGAGAACAACAUGAAUUUAAUGAGUUGUUCCUUUAUUAAUCGUCGCGGUGGGAACGUUUGAUCUGCUCAUGUUAAAUGCGUCGGCUUGUGAACACGUUCUGCGUAUGGAGAUGUUUGUAUGGAGCGCGUUGUUGCUUAUCGCUCGAGCUCUUGUAAUCAAUGCAGCAUUAUCUAAUGAUCAUCAGGAGGAAUCACAGCGCAGAAAAGUAAUCAGGCGAAGAAUCAGUUCUUUACAGCAGUACCCAGAGGACGCCAUCUCAGGCCACGCCCCCUACACCUUAUUUGGUCAGUGGGCGGGGAAGAGAAGCACCAGACACGCUUCACAGCGGAGCGAGACAAAGCCUUCAGCGUUUGGAGUCUCCUUCCAUAAGUGUGCUCAGGUGGACUCGGGGGGCAGUGUGUCUGCGCAGGUGCAGGUGCGUCUGGAGGUCAGUAAUCCACAGGAGGGUCGUGACCUUUCGCAGCUCUGCAUCCGUGACUCUGUGUCUGGGGUUACUCUGCUGCAGACCAAUGGCAGCGUCCAGGAGAGAGGCUUCCAGACCUUCAGCACAGACUCACUGCGUGCUGGCUCUCAGUAUGUGGUUUUGUACAGGAUGAGUGCGAAAGGAAACGGAGACUCUCAACUCUCAACAGAGAUUCUCAGUCUCCCUGCGUUUCUGACCUUCUCCAACGCCACUCAGAAUGACAUUCAUCUGUUUGGUCCAGUCAUCGCCAAUUUCACUGUGAGGGUAAACCCAACUGAACAGGCUGGUGCGGAUCGCUCUCUUCUCCUCGUGGGGUUCACCGUCUCGUUCCUCCUGACUCUUCUGUUGCUGUGUCUGGCUGUGGUCAGUGUGAAGUACCUGCAGCGCAGCACACACACGAGACACACCAUCAAUGAAGAGGCGGGGCCAUGCGAGUGUGACAUCACUGCUGCAGCCAAUGAGGAGGCAGCGUUUGAAGAUAAGUUUGUGGAUAUUGUGAUGUUGGAAGAUCCACAAAACAUGAUUCCAGUGCUUGACAGUCUGCAGAUGUCGAGUGUGUUGCGUGCGGCGGUGUGUGUGUGAGUGAGUGAGUGUGUGUGUGUGUGUGAGAGAGUAUAAAGGUGUCUCUCUGUCAGUCUGCAGAUGUCGAGUGUGUUGCGUGCGGCGGUGUGUGUGUGAGUGAGUGAGUGUGUGUGUGUGAGUGUGUGAGAGAGUAUAAAGGUGUCUCUCUGUCAGUCUGCAGAUGUCGAGUGUGUUGUGUGCGGCGGUGUGUGUGUGAGUGAGUGUGUGUGUGUGUGUGUGUGUGUGUGUGAGUAUAAAGGUGUCUCUCUGUCAGUCUGCAGAUGUCGAGUGUGUUGUGUGCGGCGGUGUGUGUGUGUGAGUGAGUGUGUGUGUGUGUGUGUGUGUGUGUGUGUGUGUGUGUGAGUAUAAAGGUGUCUCUCUGUCAGUCUGCAGAUGUCGAGUGUGUUGUGUGCGCGGUGUGUGUGUGUGAGUGAGUGAGUGAGUGAGUGAGUGAGUGUGUGUGUGUGUGUGUGUGUGUGUGAGAGAGUAUAAAGGUGUCUCUCUGUCAGUCUGCAGAUGUCGAGUGUGUUGUGUGCGGCGGUGUGUGUGUGUGAGUGAGUGAGUGAGUGUGUGUGUGUGUGUGAGUGGUGUGUGUGUGUGUGUGUGGAGGUAUAAAGGUGUCUCUCUGUCAGUCUUGCAGAUGUCGAGUGUGUUGUGUGCGGCGGUGUGGUGUGUGAGUGAGUGAGGAGUGUGUGUGUGUGUGUGAGUGUGUGUGUGUGUGUGUGUGAGUAUAAAGGUGUCUCUCUGUCAGUCUGCAGAUGUCGAGUGUGUUGUGUGCGGCG